AUGAGACGUUUUAUUUCAACACGGCUACCGAAUUGGCUGCUCCUAUUAAGUUUCUUAUUGGCCAAUGCAGUCGAUAGCAGUCCUACCAAACCGACAACUUAUAUCGAGGACGAGUAUGAUUUCGUGAUUUGUGGAGGAACCGCAAUUGACUGGAAUUUUCUCACUGUUCCUCAGGAGCAUCUUGACGGGCGUGUCCUACCGUACCAUCGCGGUAGGUGCUUGGGUGGCAGCAGUGUGAUCAACGGUCUGUUCUAUGGUCGCGGUAGUGCCAGUGUGUACGACAAGUGGGAAGAGCUUGGUAACCCUGGUUGGGGCUGGCAUGACGUAUAUCCACUAUUUGUGAAGAGUACUCGUUUUAAUGCUCCGGACCCUGAUUCCGGAUUUGACCAAAGGUACAAAACAUGGGAUCCAAGUGCAUAUGCAAACGGUCCUCUUGAUAUUGGAUUCCAGGGAUAUGUUCCUGAGUCAGGAAUUGCAUUCAUACAAGCUUGCGAAGCUGCCAAUAUACCUAUCGUCAACGAGCUAAAUUCGGGAAAUAACACUGGUGUCAAGCAAGCGGCAACUGGAGUCGUGUUUACUGAUCAGUCAACUGGCCGAUCACGGAGUGUCAAGGCCAGAAAAGAGGUCAUUUUAAGCUUGGGUGCAUUCCAGACUCCUCAACUUCUCAUGCUUUCAGGAAUUGGACCCGUUUCAGAGUUGGACAAAUUUGGCAUAGAUCAUGUUUUGAUCAAUGAAAAUAUUGGUCGGAACCUAGACGAUCACUCUGUCUUCAGUAUAAUGGCUACUGUUCGGCGCAACGCAUCGACUAGUCAGAUGUUUGCUUCUGCUGGUAAUACUCAAGCCGCCCAAGCGGAGUUUUACAAUAACCUUACUGGCCCAUAUACAGCACCUUCGGGCAUAACCAAUGGUUUCCAGAUGCUCCUUGACGAUGAACUGGAGUCCAUUGGUGCACAUGAAAUUAUUGCCCAGGGUCUCACGAAUCGAUCUCAUAUUGAGUACCUCUACGAAUCGAUGUGGUAUCCUGGAGGGCCAACCCCAUAUUACAUUCCAGAUGAAGAUAUAUCAUACAUCUCCCUCACAGCAUCAAAUCUUGUAGCUGCAUCUCGGGGAAAUAUAACCCUUAGAUCAAACUCAAUGAGCGAUGCACCCAAAGUUAACCCAAAUUAUUACUCCCAUCCCGUAGACCGCGUCCUCGGGAUUCAUGCAUUCAAGUAUCUGCGGAAAAUUCUUGCCCAUCCAGCAUUUGCUAGUUUCACCGUAGGUCCAUUUUACGGAGAGGUUAGUCCGGGCUCCUCAGUCAGCAGUGACGACGAUGACGCUAUAUUUGAAUACAUCAAAGCAAAUACCAUCCCAAAUUGGCACGCCUCGGCGACAACACAAAUGCGGCCUCUAGAAGACGGUGGAGUUGUUGACCCAAGACUGAAGGUUUACGGGAUUCAAAAUCUCCGGGUAGCGGAUUCCAGUAUCAUUCCGUUACUCCCCGAUGUAAACAUCCAGGGGCCAGUUUUCAUGAUUGGGGAGAAGGCGGCACAGAUGAUCAGAGAAGAUUGGGGCGAUCUUUGA